AUGUCGACAUCCAAGGCCGAUGAUGCCCCAACUGGCACCAGGCCGGGCUCCCGCUCGACUGGUGAGCCCUCCAACCACGCCAACGGUGCCCACGAAGCAGACGAUUAUUCCCCUUUGAAGUCUAACGACCGCCAUGCCGUCACAUCAGACUCGGACGAGCCAGUCGACAGAGAUGAAAAUGCCCAACAGGGUGUCAGCAAGGUCGAGGCCUUCAACAAGGUGCUGUACCAGUCGGGCCCAACGGGCAAGAUCCUGCUGUGGCUGCUGGGCGUCUCCAUCGGCCUGACCAUGUUCGCAUACGCUCUCGAUCAGGGCAUCACAUCCACAAUCUUCACUACCAUGGCCAGCUCCACCUUUGGUCAGCAUAGCUCGCUCGCCGCCGUCAGCACUGCCAGCCAGAUUGUGCGCGCUAUCGCCAAGCCCUUCAUCGGCAAGCUGGCCGACAUCACUUCGCGGCCCACCACCUACGUCGUCAUCCUGCUGUUCUACGUCGUCGGCUUCGUCGUCGCCGCCAGCUCCAGCACCUUCGCCGCUUACACCGUCGGUAUUUGCUUCACCUCGGUCGGCAAGUCCGGCCUUGAUCUUUUGAGCGACAUCAUCGUCGGUGAUCUGACCCCGCUCGAGUGGCGAGGCUUCUUUGGCGCCCUUCUGUCCAUCCCCUUCGUCAUCACCGUGCCCGUCAACGGCUUCAUUGCCGAGGGCUUUGUUGACAACUGGCGGUGGGGCCUGGGCAUGUUCGCCAUCAUGGUCCCAGUGCUGCUGACCCCGGCCAUCUUCACACUGUAUGCCAUGCAACGCCGUGGUGAGAAGAUGGGCAUGGUCACCAUGGCCGGCUCAAAGCGGGAGAGAACCGGCGCCAAUGCUGACGGCAGCGCCCCAGGGGGUGCUGUCCACUGGACUAAGCUCCUGUACCAGGGCCUGAUCGACAUCGACAUCCUGGGGUUGAUCCUGCUUGGCGUAUCGUUCGCUCUGCUGCUGCUACCGCUGACCCUGGCCGAGGACGCCGACGGCGGAUGGCAGAACGCAAGCAUCAUUGCUAUGCUCGUUAUAGGCUUCGUGCUGCUCAUCGCCUUUGUUCUUUUCGAGAUUUACCUGGCACCCAAGCCGCUCAUGACCAAGCGCGUGCGCAACAAUCGCGCUUUCAUCGCUGCCGUCAUCGUCUUCACCUUCAACCAGACCGCCUCGUCUGUCCGCAACACCUACUACUCCUCAUACAUCUAUGUUAUCAAGGAAUGGACCACAUACCAGUGGACUAUUUUCUUGGGAAUCACAACCAUGGGUCUCAGUCUCCUGGGACCCAUCGUCGGCCUCAUCCAACGGCGCACUCAUCGCUACAAGUCCAUGAUGGUCUUCGGCGCCAUCGCGAGGAUGCUCGGCUACGGAAUACUGGUCAACGGCGCCACUGGGUCCAUGACCCAGGACACAGGUCGCCUCAUCGCCGCGCAGCUCAUCUUCUGUCUGGGCUCCUUCAACGUCGUUGGCGCGCGUGUGGGCAGCCAGGCAGCAGUGCCGCAUGAGGACAUGGCCACCGUCAUCGCGCUGCUGGCCUUGUGGUCCACGCUGGGCUCAUCCGUGGGCAGCGCCAUCUCGUCCGCCAUCUGGACCAACGAGAUGCUCAACCGCAUGUACGAGGAGAUGAUCCCCGCCGGUGCGGACGAAAAGACUAUCAAGAAAUUGUACGGGUCCAUCAAGAAGCUCCGAUCCAGCUACGCCUUCGACGAUCCUAUCCGCCAGGCUGCCAUCCGCGCCUACGCCGCCAUCAACGGCCACAUCGCCAUCGCCGCCCUCGUCCUGGCCGCCGUGCCCGCAAUCGCCACGCUGUUCAUGCCCGACUUCUACCUCGGCAAGCAGCAGAACGCCAUCACCAACACUGGUCUUGAUGGCGAGAGGGUGGACGUCCCCACACGUGAGGGAGCCUCCGAGGCGGAGGAUGCCCAACAGAAAUCGAGCAAGUGGUACUCCAGGUGGAGGGCUGCCUACCGACGAGACAUUUUGCGCUACCGAUGGCACCAGAGCCAGUAUAGCGCGGCAGCCCUGAAAGCCCUUCGCACCCCUCUACAAAAAACAAGCAGCUUCAACCUCUAUCAAGACCAGAUUCAAAAUGAGAAGGAUAAGAACCACAUAUCAAGUUUUGCUUUAGACAUUAUCAAGACCCCAGAGACGAUGGCACAGCACAAGAACCUGAAGUGCACGAAACUCGACCAGAGAAAGCUAACAAUCCAGGUGGCCGUCGAAGAUACUCGGUAUAUUCUGGCUGAGAAGAGCCUGCGCUUCCGACUUGGUCUGUCCAUCGAAUGGAUCUAG